AUGAUGCGCCGCGCAUUUGCGAGAUGUCUGUCGCUUUCCACCUCUUCUCCCCUAAACCGCGCCCUGCAAUCCCGCACCACAUCACAGUCGCUACGGAUAGCGGCGCAACCCUCAUAUCCCGCAACGAUUCGCAGCAUACACCAGUCAUCGCUUCUUCGACAGACGUCCGAAGCGUACAGCAGUACCGACGCCGACCGCGAUGCGCCCAUCACCAAAUUUGCCGAGCUGGAGACGCGCAAGAUCAUCCACCCCAAUGUCGUGCGCACCCUGACACAGGACAUGGGCCUCGAGACAAUGACCGAGGUGCAGGCUGCCACCAUCAACGAGGCGCUGAAAGGUACCGAUGUCGUGGCGCAAGCAAAGACCGGCACGGGUAAAACGAUGGCGUUUCUGCUGCCAAUGCUACAGAACAUCAUCAAUCGCGACCCGCAUCUCGCAGACCGUGCUCACGGCCGUCGCGGCCCUCGUACCACCGCUGAUGAUAUCCGAGGCCUGAUCAUCUCCCCAACACGUGAGCUGGCCGAGCAAAUCGCCGCCGAGGCCAAGAGGCUCACGCGUAACACGGGUGUCAUUGUGCAGGUAGCAGUGGGUGGCACGCAGAAGAGUGCGGGCUUGCGUGCGAUUCAGCGCGAGGGCUGUCAUCUGCUAGUCGGUACACCCGGCCGCCUGAAGGAUAUUCUUUCCGACUCAUACACUCGCGUGGAAGCCCCCGACCUCUCCGCCCUAGUCUUCGAUGAGGCCGAUCGACUACUCGACCAAGGUUUCUGGCCUGAGAUCCAGGAGAUCAUGCGGCUCCUUCCCACCUCUGCCGAAAAGGAUCGUCAGACCAUGAUGUUUUCCGCCACACUGUCCAGGGAGGUCCAAUCGCUUGUACGCACCACUCUCAAGCCUGGCUUCCAAUUCGUCAAGUGCGUUCGUGAUGAUGAAGAGCCAACCCACAACCGCGUCCCACAAAAUGUUGUUACAGUCAACGGAUUCGAGAAUGCCUUGCCCACAUUGGUUGAGAUUUGCCAGCGUGGUGUUGAGGCAGCGCAACAACCUGGUGGUAAGCCUUUCAAGGCAAUUGUAUACUUCAAUGCUACUGCAGAGGUCGCCCUUGCUGCAUCCGCGCUACAGGCUCUGCGCUCCACUUCCGGCCACGGUCAUCCAUGGGCGCCAGCUCGCAUUAUCGAGAUCCACGCCAAGCUAGGGCAAUCUUACCGCACUCGUGCUGCUGAGGACUUCCGGAGAGCAGAGUCUGGAGUUCUGCUCUCUUCAGAUGUCACCGCGCGUGGUAUGGAUUUCCCCAAUGUUACUCACGUCAUCCAAGUCGGUCUCCCGUCCAGCCGCGAGCAGUACAUUCAUCGUAUCGGACGUACCGCUCGUGCAGGAAAGGAAGGCGAGGGUUGGCUUAUUCUUAACGCUAUUGAGGCGCAGGAAUCACGUCACAGACUCCGUGAUCUCCCUCUCAAGCCGAACCAAGAUUUGGAGAUUCCUCGUCUAGAUCUCACCAAAGCUGCAGAUGUCCCUGUCAAAGCUGGCAGAAUCCUCGGCAUGUACCAAGCUGCUAUCAAGACCGUGUCAAUGGGCGAGAAGGCAAAGGUGUACAUGGCUCAGUUGGGUAUAUACUCAUGGAUGCCGCAGAAGCAGCAGCUCAUCAAUGCCAUGAACAAUCUCUCGAGAUAUGGAUGGGGACUCACAGACCCGCCGAAAAUUGCGCCUGGUUUGGCAUCGAAGUUGAGAAUUAACCGCUGCGAGGGCGUCAACAUUGGAAGCGACAACUUUGGUGGCGAUCGAGACGGAGGCCGUGGAUUUGGUGGACGCGAGGGUGGAUUUGGUGGUCGUGGAGGCGGCAGCUUCGGUGGUCGUGAUGGGUUCAGCCGUGCAGGCGGCCGAGGCGGCUUUGGAGAUCGCGGCGGCGCUCCCCGCGAGCGUGGAGGCUUCGGAGGUCGUGAGGACAGCUACGGAGGCCAUGGAGACAGCUAUGGAGGCCGUGGAGGUGGUAGCCGGGGAGGGUAUGGCGGUGGACGUCCUUCAUACGGAGGUCGCGAGGAUGGUGKMGAUCKMGGKGGUCGYCRKAUYAWYRAWMMAWWWRCCAUGUGA